AUGGAGUUUGCCAGUGCCUUGAGCUUAGACUUCCGAGCCCUAGGAGCGAGGGCGCCGGCGCUGCUCGAGGCGGCCCGCGCGCGCUACGAGAGCCUGCACAUCUCGGACGACGUGUUCGGCGAGUCGGGCCCGGACAGCGGCGGGAACCCCUUCUACAGCACGUCGGCCGCCUCGCACUCCUCCUCGGCCGCCUCCUCGGACGACGAACGCGAGCGCCCCGGCCCCCCGCCGCCGCCGCCCGGUGCUCCCGACGCGCAGGAAGCCGAGGAGGACGAGGCUGGCGCGGGCUGGAGCGCCACGCUGCGGGACCGCCCGCCCCCGCGCUUCGAGGACACCGGCGGUCCAACCCGAAAGAUGCCCCCCAGCGCCAGUGCCAUGGACUUCUUCCAGCUCUUUGUCCCCGACAACGUGCUCAAGAACAUGGUGGUGCAGACGAACAUGUACGCCAAGAAGUUCCAGGAGCGCUUCGGCAGCGACGGCGCCUGGGCCGAGGUGACGCUGACGGAGAUGAAGGCGUUCCUGGGCUACAUGAUCUCCACCAGCAUCUCCCACUGCGAGUCGGUCCUCAGCAUCUGGAGCGGCGGCUUCUACAGCAACAGGAGCCUCGCCCUGGUCAUGAGCCAGGCUCGCUUCGAGAAGAUCCUCAAGUACUUCCACGUGGUGGCCUUCCGCUCCAGCCAGACCACGCACGGCCUCUACAAGGUCCAGCCCUUCCUCGACUCCCUGCAGAACGGCUUCGACUCUGCCUUCAGGCCUUCCCAAACCCAGGUGCUACACGAACCCCUGAUUGACGAGGACCCUGUGUUCAUCGCCACGUGCACAGAGCGGGAACUGCGAAAGAGGAAAAAGCGGAAAUUCAGCCUCUGGGUCAGGCAGUGUUCUUCCACCGGCUUCAUCAUCCAGAUUUACGUCCACCUGAAGGAAGGCGGGGGCCCCGAUGGGCUGGAUGCGCUGAAGAAUAAGCCCCAGCUCCACAGCAUGGUCGCCCGAAGCCUGUGCCGGAACGCGGCGGGCAAGAACUACAUCAUCUUCACGGGGCCCAGCAUCACCAGCCUGACCCUGUUCGAGGAGCUGGAAAAGCAAGAGAUCUACUGCUGUGGCCUGCUCAGCCCCAGGAAGAGUGACUGCACCGGCCUGCCCCCGUCCAUGCUGAGCAACCCGGCCACCCCCCCGGCCCGGGGCCAGCACCGCAUCAAGAUGAAGGGGAACAUGUCUCUGAUCUGCUGGUACAACAAAGGGCCCUUCCGCUUCCUGACCAAUGCCUACUCGCCCGUGCAGCAAGGAGUGAUCAUCAAGAGGAAGACUGGGGAGAUCCCCUGCCCCUUGGCCGUGGAGGCGUUCGCUGCUCACCUUAGCUACAUCUGCAAAUACGACGACAAGUACAGCAAGUAUUUCAUUUCUCAUAAACCAAACAAGACCUGGCAACAGGUGUUCUGGUUCGCCAUCAGCAUCGCGAUCAAUAACGCCUACAUCCUGUACAAGAUGUCAGACGCCUACCACGUGAAGAGGUACAGCCGGGCGCAGUUCGGCGAGAGACUGGUGAGGGAGCUGCUGGGUCUGGAGGAAGCCUCCCCAGCCCACUGAUGCCAGGCGGCCAGGCCUAAGUGAGGACCAGGUCCGGGAGGCCGGAGGAGGGAGGGAGCGGGCCAUUCUGACCUGCCCAGCCAGAGCCCUGCGGGUGCCCCCCCGCACCCCCCUCCCCGGGGGUGGCCCCAGCCCGGAGGGGUGCCCACGGCUUCCACGGGGACCAGGGUGGGCCUGGUCAGAGGACGGCUGCCCGUCCCGGUUCCCAUUCGAAGAAGAGCAUGUCCUCCCUCCAGAAGCGGCCACCCACCCGGUGCCGGGGCGGGCGCCGCACCCAGACUCCACGUGCCGGCGGGCGCGCUGUCCGUGGCAUUGGCCCAGCAGGGCGCUGCCUCCUCGUGACACCCGUGGAGCUCAGCUCGGUACAGGGGCCCUGGGAAGGCUGUUGCCGCCGGAGGCGCCAGGGAUGGGAUGAGCCGUAGCACGUCCUGCUAGAAAUGCCUGCUCUGUAAAGACGUAAAGAUGUUUGUGGCGCGGUUCAGUUUCCUGCCGUGUCCGACGGCGACCAAGGCAAGCAGAGGUGGGGCUGUGCACCGCUAAGGCCGUGUCGGUGUGGGCAGGAGACCCGAGCGUCGUCCCGCACCUGCCUCACGCAGGCGGCUUGGAACGGGCCUCCUGGAACAAGGAAUGCAAACUGGGUGCCAUUGACACGCAGGGAUGAAAUGGGGCAGCGAUUGCCCGUUCCGAGUCAAGGAUGAGGCGUUCCUAACUCAUUUCAUCUCCCUGGCUGGUGGACGGGGGAGAGAGGGAAAAUGCCAACGGAAUCGCAGUGACGUGUGAUGCUGUUUUUUAUUUUUCAAUAUAUCUUCAGGUUAUUUUCUUACCGUUGCUUAAAAUCUUCUGUAAAAGGAAAAUGUCCCCCUUCUUUUCCGCCCCCUCCCUUCGCCCCAGCCGUGGCUGUUUGCGUGGUCACAGUUCGGUAUUCUGGGCCCCGUGACUGUGCCAGGACCGGAAAGGGCAGCUUGCUCCCAGAACGGACGUGCUUCCACUCCAUCAAGGAGCACGGGGGGCCCUGUGGGCCUUAAGCGUUGCCGUAGACCUGAUCGUCGGCAGAAUUACUUGUUUGGGAAAACACGAGGCGUUGCUGCAACACACGCCAACACGUCUGGGGGUGACACUGGCCAGUUCUCGCGCCCUGCGUGUGGUCACCUGGCUGGGUGUGCCCUCUGACUCCAUUGCCCCAGAGCCCUGCGGCUGGCACGGGCAAACCCAGGAAGGUGACCGGGUGACCAGCUUUGUUGGGGGUGAUCUCCCCGUAGGACCGCGAGAAGUACAUGCCAAGGCCGCUGGCAUCUGGGGCUCCUGCUCCCAGGUCUGCGUGUCUCCGGGGGAGACCUGGGCCAGGGUGAUCCCCUGGCCUGACCGUCCCCCGCAGACACGAAACGAGCGAUUCCUGGAGUUACACGAUCCCCCUCCGGCCUGGUUUACGUAGCCCCCUCAUUUUUUUUUCUUUUUUUUACCAAAUGCAAAAUCUAUUCUACUCAGGCUUUGGGAUGUUUUUCCUUGUUCACACUCAGUUAAUUAAACGUGUUGCUGGCCGCAUGCUCCUGAACUCCACGCCAUUCCUGCAGCCUGCGUUCGUGAUGAUCCCCCUCGCCCUGUGGUUUGAAUUCGACGCCACGGAUUGUAGGCCAAAUUUUAAAUUGUGUUUCCAAACACCUUCGCCGUGUCCUUUAAUUGGAUUGAAAGCACUUUUACCACAUGGAGAAAUAUAUUUUUAAUUUGUGAUGCUUUUCUACAAGGUCCACUAUUUCUGAGUUUAAUGUGUUUCCAACACUUAGGGAGACUCUAAUGAAAGCUGAUGAAGUUUCUUUUCUGUCCAAAUAAGUAAAAGAAAAAAUAAAAGUCUAUUUAGAUGCUGA